CUCCCAUAAGUAAACUGCGUCCUAUAUAUAUAUAUGUGCUGCAUUGUUCUAUCUCAAAGUUAGAUCCAAUAAAUCUCUCUAACCCAAUAAUGGAAGGCAAAAUUGCAUUCAAGAAUUUGCUUCAAGUUCAAGAAUUUGCAUUGAAUUCCACUCAUGAUUCCUCCUCUGUUAGUAAUAAUACUCUAGGAUCUACUCUUCUGAGUUUGAGCUUGAAUCCUCAACAAAAUCAAGAUCAGUCUCAUACCCAAUUGGAAGUGCUGAAAAAGAAGCUAGAGGAAGUGAAGAAGGAGAAUCAGAAUCUAAGAAUUAUGCUGAAUCAGAUUAGAGAACACUAUGGAGUUCUUCAAAAUCAGUUAUUGCUGGCGAUGCAGUGCCACCAAUUAUCUUCAUCCUCGCCUACAAUAAUUAAUCAUGACCUCAAGAAUGACAAUAGAGAAGAAAUCUCGGAGAGAAAAAUGUUACCCACCACCCAGAAAUUUGGUUUUGAUGUUAAGAAUGAAAUGAUGAGUAAGCACAUAGCAUCACAAGAAGCAAAAAUAUUGGAGGAUCAAGUACCAUCAUUUGAAGCUUCUUGCAAGAAAGCUAGAGUGUCCAUAAGAGCAAGAUCAAAUUUUUCUAUGAUGGUUGAUGGGUGCCAAUGGAGAAAAUAUGGACAAAAAACAUCAAAGGGCAAUCCUUGUCCUCGAGCCUACUAUCGUUGUAGCAUGGGACAAACAUGUCCAGUUCGUAAGCAGGUGCAAAGAUGUGCAAUGGAUGAGAGAGUUGUGAUAACAACGUACGAGGGGAAUCACAAUCAUCCACUCCCAGAAGCAGCAAGAUCCAUAGCCACGACAACAACAUCAGCAUUGAACAUGUUCCUAUGUGGCUCCAUGACCACCACCACAACUAGUAGUACUUCACUUUCACUAUCUUCUACUUCAUCAUCAUCAUGUCCUACUCUAACACUCGACUUAACUACUCAACAACCCUCCAAUGAUAUUAUUGCAUCAAAGCACACACAACAACCAUUACUAUUCCCUCUGCCUCUAAAUGCUUGCUAUACUCAAGAAAACAACCUUGCCUUGGUGGAUCUUGUUACUGCAGCUUUAACCAACGAUCCUUCUCUUAAGGAAGCAUUACUUGCAGCUUUUUCCUCUCUCACUCACAAUAAUGAACAUGUUUAG